AUGGAAAAUUUAGCAGGAUAUGAUUUCAAAGGUGAUAUUGGUGAAUUUCAAUUUGGAUUUGUUCUGGAAGAGGGAUAUGAGGGUGUCUUUUAUAGACAAAGAUGUGGGCCAACAUCUUGUCCAGUACCAAAUCAAAAAGCACCCAGCACAUUGCAAAAUCACAAGAAGUGCAAACAAAAGUUACUCAAUAUCAAAAGAAUGAGUAAACAGAAGGCCAAAUGUGUGCUUAUUGAGUUGACUGAUAUUCCCAAGGAGGCCUAUGCUAAAGUCGUGAAGGCUCAUGGAAGCAGUGGUAGUGUUCUUGAUGCUGUGACCAUGUGUGGUAUUGUGACUGCCAGCUUGAAUGCUGGUCAAUGUCUGUCUGAUUGCAUCACACAUCUUAGAAACCUUCAUAAUCAAUUAGCACAAUAUGCUACAGGAAUACAAAGAGAUAGAUCUGUCCUCUAA